AUGUCUUCAAUGGCAAGCAGUCAACUCACGAAACUCAAAAAAAUCAAAAUGAUCAUCAGUGGUCAACCACAGAUUUGUGCAUCCUGGAGCUUUCCCUCUGAGUCUAUUGAGCACCACCAUAUCAAUAUGGAGGAUCGGUCAGCAGGCAUGAUGCACGACAUACAUCUCUUCGUGGAUACUAGAGUAGCGGAGUUGGUAAAAGGAGGAAUUUGCUCUCAAGCAGCUGGUCAAUAUCUUAGAGGCCGCCUCAUGUCAAUGGCAGAGAAUUCAUUUUUGUGGCUUGAUAUGGUAUUAAAGCACAUCCAGCGAGGUCUGGGACACCGAGCAGCUGACCUUGUACGAAUUCUGUCUAACACGCCAGAAGACCUGCAGCAGGCAUACACCAAAUACCUUCCUCCAAUUCCCGCAACCGAGGUGGCCAUUUUACAAAGCUACCUGCGGCUAUUGGUUGUGUCUAGUAGACCAUUGUCACUUACGGAGAUAAAUGUUCUAACCGCGACCGACGAAGAGGACAGAGAAUGCACGCUAACAAUGACGGCCGACGACGAAAAUGCUGUUAGAGGAAGCAUCCAGAGAGCCCUUGGCCCGUUGGUCAGGUUUCCACAAAGCACAGCACAGUUUGUCCAUUCUACGGCUAGAGAGUUCUUUCUAUUACUCGGUCAACAACCUCUCCAUCCUCUCUGUAACAGCCAUGGCGUGGACCCGACUGAAGCACAUUUCUUUUGUGCUAGGUUAUGCAUGACCUACCUGCUAGAUCGAAGCAUUCCUGCAGAUCUCUUCGAUAUUGAAAGGUUGGAUUCGCCUUCUUUGGACACCCAGAGUCCUAUCUCUGAUCGACAACGCAUGGAUGACGAAGACAUGUUUACGAGCCUUUUAAUUGGGGAAGUGCAAUUCCUCAGGGACAAGGAGAGCCUUGGGAAUGAAAGAUGCUUGGAUAUCCAACAGCGCUAUCAAGCGUAUGAUUACGCAGCAAACAACUGGACAUAUCAUUUUGCCAGAUGUGGAAGCAUGUUGGACAACCAGUUUCUUACCAUGGGCCUCGAUCUUGUGUCGUGUGUCGCUGGUCGAUCUAGUAAUUGGUACAAGUAUCGAGCAUAUCAAUCGUACCUCCAGAUGCCCUCGUUCGGUGACUCGAGUUCGAUCGUUCUUGCAGCAAUGUUUGACCUGUACAAAAUAGUACAAGUCCUACUCAACAGUUCAGGUCACUUACAGACGCCACAGAUGCUCUUUCCUGCUCUCUUUUGGGCUGCAUCGCGCGGUAGCUAUGCCGCCGUUAAACUACUGUUGGAACAUGGCGUACCGGUAUCAUCCGUGAACACUCGUAACGUGCCACUAGCUGUCGCUACGCGUGGCAACUUCAAAGAAAUUUGCGACCUUCUCUUAGAAGCUAGUGAUGUGGAUCCAAACAAGCAAGAUUCCCAUGGUAAACCCGCGUUGGUACUCGCUGCAGAAGCGGACCACGUGCAGAUACUACGUCGGAUCCUCUUGCACAAAUCGAUUUGUGUAGAUCAAGCUGACACAGAUGGUCGAACUGCACUGAUAGCAGCAAGUCGCAACGGCUCAAUCGAAUGUGUCAGAGUUCUACGUAAGGAUGGCCGAGCUAACGUUAAUUGUACCGAUCACAAAGGUCAAACCUCGCUGCAUCAUGCCAGCAAUGCUGGUUAUUUGUCAACCCUGAAGGAGCUGCUCAGCUUUCCCGGUCUAGAUCUCCACGUCAAGGAUCAUGCUGGAAGAAAUGCAAUAUCUCUGGCAUCACAACAAGGCCAUCUAGACGUGGUCAGAUUCCUACAUCACAGGAAGGUUGACGCUACAAGCACAGAUCUACACGGUCGAAACAGUAUUUCAUGGGCUGCCAACAGCAUCAAAGCCACGGAAUCAAUCGACGACAGCAAAGAGAGCGUAUUAGAAUACCUUGUAAGGAAAUUUCCCGACGCAGCCGAUGCACCAGACGAGAGUGGUUGGUCUCCAUUGGCAUGGGCGGUAGAUACCCCAGGCUACCCCAAAUCAGUACAGAUUUUGUUAUGUUGUCCCUGUGUCGAUGUGAACCAGCGCGACGCAGGCGGAAGGUGCCUUUUGCAAUGGGCUGCGAGCUCUGACAUGAAAGAUAUUGCCAAGUGCUUGCUGCAGAGAUCGGACAUCUACGUAAACUCUGCAAGUAAUGAUGGUUGGACAGCUCUUUUCUCUGCGGCAUCUAACGGCAAGAUGGAAACUCUCAAGUUGAUCUUGCAACACAAAGAUGUCGAUGUCCACCAUAGAGACAGUCGCGGAAUGACUGCGGCAGAUUGGGCUAGGAUCAACAACCAUUUAGAGAUUUUAGAUUUGUUACGCAGCCACGCUUAG